CCCAAUUUGAAUUAGAUCCCUUUCUGUUCCCGACUCACACAGGGAAGGCAAGCAGUCUAAAAACACCGGAUUUUUAGAAAUUCCCCAACUGACAGAUUAAUGCAAGACACAAGGACAUUGCAAAAAGCAACUAAGAGAAGCAAGGGACAUUACUAGUUUGGUGAAACAUGUCUUUGAUUUGGCUCCUGCUGUAUGCAUGCAUCCAUGCCAUUUCUGGCAUGAUCUUAUUCGGAGACAUGGCUGAUCAGGACAGCCCCCUCAGUGUGAGCAUCCCUGUGGAAUCGCCACUGCGUCCCUUAAUGGGGGGAAGCAUGGUCAUACCUUGCUACUUUCAGGACAACACUGUCCAGGACCCUGGUGCCCCAACUAUUACCCCACUGUCCCACCGUAUAAAGUGGAGCUACAUCUACAAGGGCAGAAUCUCUCUUAUUCUCGUUGCCAGAGGGGGCCUGGUGCAGGUUGAGACAGACUACGUGGACCGGGUUCAUAUGGUACAUUACCCCAUGGUGCCAACUGAUGCUACCAUUGAGAUCUCAGAACUCCACUUCAGUGAUUCAGGCACCUACCGCUGUGAAGUCAUGCAGGGGAUUGAAGAUAACUACGAUUCUGUAGAAAUGCAAGUUCAAGGCAUUGUGUUUCACUACCGAGCAAUAACUACCCGAUAUACCUUGACAUUUGAGAUGGCAAAAGCAGCCUGCAUCCAGAACAGUGCCGUUAUUGCAACUCCCGCACAGUUGCAAGCUGCUUAUGAUGAUGGAUACCACCAAUGUGAUGCUGGCUGGCUUUCAGACCAAACUGUGAGGUAUCCCAUUCAUGAGCCAAGAGAGCCUUGCUAUGGAGACAAAGAAAAUUUCCCAGGUGUACGAACAUAUGGAGUCAGAGACGUCAAUGAGACAUAUGACGUGUACUGUUUUGCAGAGAAAAUGUCAGGCAGUGUGUUCUACUCUAUGUCUGCGGAGAAGUUCACUUUCGCAGAAGCUGAAGACCAGUGUGCAAAGUUGGGAGCCCAACUGGCCACCACAGGACAGCUCUACCUAGCAUGGAAGGCUGGCAUGGAUGUGUGCAAUGCUGGCUGGCUAGCAGACAGGAGUGUGCGGUACCCCAUUAACAUAGCUCGACCCCAGUGUGGUGGGGGACUUUUGGGAGUGCGAACGGUUUACCUGUUUCCAAAUCAGACUGGAUAUCCAUACCCAGACUCCCGCUAUGAUGCGAUCUGUUAUGCAGAAAAAGAAGAUAAGGUUUUAACAAAGACCUUACCGUUUCCUGAAUUACACGCUACAACGGAUUCCAUGCUCAGUGUGGAUACAGUCACUCUAAGCCCUUCGGACUAUACUGAAGAGGUGACCACAAAAGGGGAGGUCCGUGGCGAGCUAGUGACAGAUGAGCCUUUUAACACCACAAGCAUAGAAAGUCCCCUUUCGCUACCUCCCAACAUAACUGAGGUUGAGGUGGACAUUAUCAAAGUGGCCACGGCUCUGCCUUACCUGGAAUAUGAGAUCCCCAAGGACAAUGUCACUGCUAAAACUAAGGGAGUGGUAUUCCAUUAUCGUGCUGACUCCAGACGCUAUGCUUACACCUUUGAGGAAGCACAAGAGGCAUGUCAGAAGCUGGGAGCAGUCAUAGCCACCCCUGAGCUUCUUCAGACUGCUUAUGAAGCUGGCCUUCAUCAAUGCAGUGCAGGUUGGCUACAGGACCAGACUGUCAGGUAUCCAACUGAACAUCCUCAAAAGAACUGCUCUGGAGAUCAGGAGGACCUCGCUGACCUACACCCCUACAAUGUUAGGCCUGCACAUGAGCGGUACGAUGUGUACUGUUACAUGGACCACAUAAAGGGGGAGAUCUUCCAUGUGAGCUCAUUAGGAGGCUUCACCUACUAUGAAGCUGUUGCCCAUUGCAGAGAACUGGGUUCUACUCUUGCCUCAACUGGAGAACUCUACGCCGCAUGGAAUCAGGGUUUCCACAAGUGCAGUCCUGGCUGGCUCUCUGAUCGCAGUGUCCGCUAUCCUGUCCGCAACCCAGGUUUUGGUUGUGGUGAAAACGAGACAGGAGUGCACACCAUUUAUGCUCAACCAAAUCAAACAGACUUCCCAAACUUAUAUUCCAGAUAUGAUGCAUAUUGCUUCAAAGCAAAUCUGUCUAUUCUGGUUGAUGAAGAUAUGUUGAAUGCCACAUGGACAGGGAAGGAUCUUAACAUGACGAACAUAACAGAGCUGCUGAGUCCUGUUCCUCCAAUUGUUUCUCCCUUGCUUGUGGACGGGUCUGGAUCUGGAUCAGGCUCAGGCUCACCAUCAGGUGACCCUGAUUCCAGUUCCGGGUACAUAUCAGGGAGUGGCAUUCCCAGUGGGAGCGACAUACUCAGUGGGAAUGGCGAACUCAGUGGGAGCGGCAUACCCAGUGUGAGCGGCGAACUUAGUGGGAGCGGCAUACCCAGUGGGAGCACAUCUGGUUCUGGCCAAAGUGGUGAUGGAUCAGGUUACCUUGUGAGGUACCAAGAAGGUGCAGAUACACUCAUGUGGCAGACUUCUGCUUCAGGCAGUACUUUAGAGGCAAAAGAAGGUAGUGGCAGUGGCAGUGGUGUUAUUAUUACCUCAGGAAUAGAAUCAGGGGACCAAGAAUCUGGAGAGGAAUCUGGACUCCUUCAUGAACGAAGUGAAGCUAGUGGCCUUCCAUCGGGACUUGGCAGUGGAAUUAGCGGUUCAGGAACAAGUGGAUUCUUCAGUGGUGGGGAAACAAGCCUUCCAUCGGGGCUUGGCAGUGGAAUUAGCGGAUCAGGAACAAGUGGAUUCUUCAGCGGUGAGGAAACGAGCCUUCCAUCGGGGCUUGGCAGUGGAAUCAGUGGUUCAGGAACAAGUGGAUUCUUCAGUGGUGAGGAAACAAGCCUUCCAUCGGGGACUGGCAGUGGAAUUAGUGGAUCAGGAACAAGUGGAUUCUUCAGUGGAGAGGAGACGAGCGGGUCAGGCUUCUCUGGUGUAUCAUUUAUGAACACAGAAAUGAUUGAUCUGACUGCAAGACCUUCUGGAGAACAGGAAAUGUCUGGUGUUUCUCCAUUUGACUUGACUUAUGUUAGUGGUUUCGGCUCUGCUUCUGGUUCUGCUAUUGGAUCUGGCUCUGCCUCUGGAUUUGGAUCUGGCACCAUCACUGACUUUGGAUCUGGCUCUGCCACUGGCUUUGGAUCUGGCUCUGCCACUGGCUUUGGAUCUGGCUCUGCUUCUGGAGCUUCAGGUUAUCCCAGUCCUCCCUCAGGUGAGGUAUCUGGCCACAUUCAGAGUCAAGAUGAAAAGAUUAUCAUUCUAACGGACGUUGAGGUCAUGUUGAUGAUUGGGCCUACAAAAGGACCAGAACAGGGUCGUGGAUCAGUAGAGUUCAGUGGAGAGGGCAGUAGUCAAGAACAUUAUGCUGAGGAACUCUCCAUAUCUCUUUCUAAUAGUACUUCAUAUGAAGAUUACUGGAGUGCCAACGAAACAGUUGAUCUCCUACCAGAAAAACAUGAGCAACUUAAUUUCAUCACAGAGGCAUCUGAUGUGACUGAACAGGCACCACUGAACACACCACCACCCACCACUUCUAUACUCACUACUUCACCUUUAGCUUCACUACAAGCACCAACAGCUAUGGAGGAGCCAUCUGUUACUGAUGUGGUACAGGAAUGUGCAGAGGGAUGGAUGCCAUUCAAGGGCAGCUGCUAUAUCCAUUUUGAUGUGCGCGAGACCUGGACCAGUGCUGAGCAGCACUGUGAAGAGCUAAACUCUCACCUGGUUAGCAUAUCCUCCCAAGAAGAACAAGAGUUCGUAAGACAUCAAGCUCAUGACUAUCAGUGGAUUGGACUUAAUGACAAGGAAGUGCAAAAUCAUUUUCACUGGACAGAUGGAAGUCCCUUGGUAUAUGAAAACUGGAGACCCAACCAGCCAGACAAUUACUUCAGCACAGGCGAAGACUGUGUUGUAAUGGUAUGGCAUGAGGAUGGCAAGUGGAAUGAUGUACCCUGCAACUAUCAUCUUCCCUUUACUUGCAAGAGUGGACCUGUCACAUGUUCAUCACCUCCUGAAGUGAAGAACACCAGGAUGUUAGGCAACAGCAAAGAUCGCUACCCUGUUAAUUCCAUCAUUCGAUACCAGUGUGAUAGCGGAUUUACACAGCGCCACCUUUCAGUGGUGCGUUGCUUACCUGACGGUCAGUGGGAGGAGCCUAAAGUGGAAUGCAUAGAUGGCAAAACAAACAACAGGCUACGGAAAAGAUCCAUCAAGACACGUCCCAAAGCAGUCAAUAGUCGGACGUGGAGGAAGGUCCUCUAAACAAGACAAAAAAACACCUCAAAACAUCCAGAGGACUGUUACUAAUAAAGAUCAUCUGUACAGAAGCCUUGUUUACCCAAAAAAUCUCAAAGACAAGGGAAUCACUUAUGUAAUGACAAACUUUACUUAGUCCGUCUGGCUGAUUGGUUUACUAGUGCUACUCAGAGCUCUGUUUUGGGGAUGAGAAAGAUAUCUGGCUUUAUUUAAAUAGGACUUUAUUUCUCCCACUUUUUAGUAUGGAACUUCUGGGCCACAAGAGAUAAUCUAAUCUAAAAAAAAUAGACCAAAUUGCACAGAGCGCCCCUUGAGUUUUCACUUUGAUUAUUACAUAAGCACCACUUAGUCCCUAAAAUAAAAGCGCAGUGAACAUUUUCCCACUUUCCCAAUAACAAUUUGCACAAUCCUACACUGUGAUCUGUGGCUAUGUUCGGGAAUUGAAUACUAGCUUACUAGUUACUGAAUAUGGCACAGUGUACUGCCUACAAUUCUUUAAAAAAUAACUGAAAUUGUAGGCAUUGACAUGACAUGACAUGGCCUAUUACCAGUGUUACCAAGUCCGCAGUUUUCCAGCGGAAUUGGGCUACUUUAACAAUGUCCGUGGGUUGAAGUGUCCCCAAUAACCAGGGGAACCCCACCAAAAACAUGCAUUUUACCUCCCCGGAAUGUGAUUUUUUGAUGGGGGGGGAGGACCCCCCUCGAAAGUGACUGGACUUUGGGUGGCAAUUGGGUGGGUUUUGUUGUGAAAACCUGGCAACCCUGCCUAUUACUCCGCAUAUGAGUAUCGCCGAUCAAAUUAGCAUACUCUGCUGUAGUAUGUAGUGUUGUCAAAAGUACCGACUUCGGUACCAAUCGGUACUGAAAUAUUAAAAACGUGUAUUUUCCGCUAGCAUUUGAGCACUGUUGAGUAGAUUCUUAAAGACUGCUGAUUGGCCAUUGUGUUUAUUGUGUUGAGCACAUGAACGCAAUGGCCAAUCAGCGGUCUUUAAGAAUCCGCUCAAAUGUUAGCUGAAAAUGGAUGUUUUUAAAAACGAUUGGUACCGAAGUCAGUACUUUUGACAACACUACAUACUACAGCAAUAGUACAGGUAGUAUAGAAUAAUGCAAUACGAACACAGCCUCUAGAAUCCCCCAAAGCCGCCUCCCAAUUUGCAUACCCC